ACACCAGUCUUGAUGUUUACCAUGUUAUUUUAUAUGUAUGCUGAGCCCUGGCUGGGUCAAGGGCCUGUCUGGUAUUCCAUAACAAAUAAAAAAAUGUGUGAAGAUUACUGGUGGACUAAUAUUUUGUAUAUUAAUAAUUUUUAUCCAGUUAAUAACAUUCAAGGGUGUAUUCCAUGGGUAUGGUAUCUUGCUAAUGAUAUGCAGUUUCACUGGAUUAGUCCUCUCAUCAUCCUUCCAAUGUACAAAAAACCAUGGUUUGGUAUCGGCAUGUUGGCACAGUUUUUACUAGCUAGUGUAAUCGUUACUGGUGUUCUUAUUGGAUACUUCGACUUGAGUGGUGCUUUGUUCACUGGUGGUGCUGUCAAUCUAAUUCCAACUGAUCAACCAAACUUUUUUGACAUCGUUUACACCAAACCUUAUUGUCGAAUUGCGCCGUAUCUGACUGGUAUGGCAUUGGGAUUCUUCAUGCAGAGAAACAAAAAUAUCCAGAUCAGAAAUCGUAAUUUAAUUUCCAUCUUGGGUUGGGUAGCAGCAACUGCCAUAGCUGUGUCUGUUGUCUAUGGACUGUAUCGUACUUCUCAUGGAUAUGAAUUAUCCACAGCAGAGGAAAUCAUCUACGGAUCACUUAGCCGUUUUGCUUGGAGUAUUUCAGUAGCUUGGGUAGUGUUUGCUUGCCACUAUGGAAUGGCUGGUCUGGCUAAUACCAUUCUAUCAUGGCCUUUCUGGAUUCCUCUCAGUCGGCUUACAUAUUCUGCAUAUUUAUUCCAUCCUAUUGUACUGGAUGUUUUGGUAUUCAACUUUGCUGUACCGUUUCAUUACACCUUCAAUAUUAUUGUGUUUCUAUUUUUGGGAGUCACCUUGAUGUCCUAUGGUGUUGCAGCACUGGCUUUCUUGGCUGUGGAACUUCCAAUGGCAAACAUAGAAAAAGUUAUUGAAGAUAGAAUUAAUAAGAUUAAGAAAGAAAAAUAGUUUAGUUUUCACUAUUGUAGAUUGAGGGAAUAGGACCAAAAAUGUAUGUUGUUUUCGUCGUCGUCGUCGUCGUUGUUGUCAUCAUCAUUAUCAUCAUCAUCAUUAUUAUCGUCGUCAUCAUCAUUCAGUUGUUGUCGUAAACUAUUUUUCUUUUGUUGUAAUAUCUUUUUUUUUUAAUAUACAAUGAAAAUUUACUUGAAAAUACAUGACAACUAGAUGAAGGCCAAUUUCAACUACAGAGAAUACGGGUUUCACACCACAAUUAUAAUUUUUCUCAAUUUGUAUAAUCACCCAUGAAUAUAAACCUCUCUAUUUUAAAAACAACUUUUUUUGUGUGGGGAUGGCAUGUUUGUAUUUCAAACUAUUUUAUUAGUUCCCAUUCGGAUGCAAGCAAAAAACGGAGACUUGUGGGUUAGUAUCCGUCCAUGCAUUAAUCUCUGCUUGUAUCCAUGAGUCUCCCUCUAUAUCUUAGACAUGUCUGGACAAAUCAAAUUCAAACUUCACACAUACAUCAUUUAUCUUGUGAUAAAUAUGUAUGUUCAUUUUAUUCGUGAUUUGAUUCAAGAUGGCCUAAUGGUGGCCAUUUUUGAGCUGAAAAUUCUUGGUCCUGUCUAGAUGCUCGUCAUUUUGUUUUUGAACCCAAAUUCAAAAUAACUGGCUGGUGGACAUUUUGUUUGAAUGAAUGUUUUUCUAGAGUUGUACAUGUAUCUCUGACAUGCUCCAACCAUUUAUGUUCAAACUAUAUAUAUUUCUUAAAAUUUAUCACUCACAAACAAGAAUCAGAAAGCCAAGUAGUUUUUAAAUGUCAGUGUUUCCAUGAGUGCAGUUGAAAUUGCUUCAUUUUUGGAUCACUUCCAUCACUGAUGAUGCUGUUCAAUAUCUAAUUUUAAAAAAAUAUUUUUUUUUAGCAUUUUGGGGUCUAGAGUAUUUAUAUGUCAAAUUGUCCUGUUUUUUAAAGUUUUACAUAGGGGAAAUAAGGCCUAUAAUGCAGUAACAUGGUGUUUUACUUUGAAUGAAUGUAUAAUAUAAUUCAUAUUGGCCAGUAUUUGUGCUUUAUUUUUAUUUUGCCCUUAAGAAUAUAAGUUUUUUUAUAAAUAAUUACCGAUUUUCAGUCAUCUCAUCACCUGUACAGAUGUCAGACCAGGUCAAAUGAGGUCAUCUGUGCAGGGGUAGGACCAGGUCACAUGUGCAGGAGUUGGGCUAGGUAACCUGCACAAGGGUCGAACCAGGUCACUUGUGCAGUUUAACUGUUAAUAUCUGUAUAUCAUAACACACUUUUACGAAACAAAUUACCUACUGAAACUAAAUGAGAGCCCCAUACACAUCACAUUGCGAGUAAAGGUAUUUUACUCAUUCUGUAUCCUAAUUAUAUUGUCAAUCUUGCAUGAAUUGUCUCGAUACAGUGCUAUGGUGAUGGUCUGCUCACCAAGGAGUACAUUUUAAUAUUACAGUGCAACCUGUCAAAUCCAGACACCAAUGGGACUGUUUAAUCAGGUUUUACUGUAUACACAUGCAACUUAUAGUUGUAUAUUCAAAUUGUAUUUAAUUGUAACAAAACUGUGCAUAAUAUCAAAAAACAUUUGUAAACAUGUAAUAAAAAAAAAUAUAUAUAGGGAAGUUCACA